GAAGGGGCUGGACGCCGUAAAUCCUGGGUUUGAGGAAGGAGGGGAUCGGGUGGGGGGGGGCCCGGACUCCUGGCUCUGAGGGAGGAGGGAGCCGAGGCCAAACUUCCAGGCUUCUGGCCUUCCUGGCAACGCCCCCCCCAGGGCCGGGCUUCCAGGAUCCAGCCCCUAUUUAAUGGUUCGGCUCCACGGCCUCACCCGACUUUGGGGGUGGAAGGAAGCCCAGAGCGAGUGACAGGGAGAAACAGACAGAAGCAGAAUGGCGACGGGAACGCGCUAUGCCGGGAAGGUGGUGGUUGUGACAGGGGGCGGGCGCGGCAUCGGAGCCGGGAUCGUGAGAGCCUUCGUGCAAAACGGCGCCCAAGUAGUUAUCUGUGACAAAGAUGACCCAGGGGUCCAGGCCCCCAGCCUUUCUCUCCCUGCAGAGUCUAGGGGUCGGGCCCUGGAGCAGGCACUUGCUGGAACUCUCUUUAUCCUCUGUGAUGUGACUCGGGAGGAAGAUGUGAGGACCCUCAUUUCUGAGACCGUCCGCUGUUUUGGCCGCCUGGAUUGUGUGGUCAAUAACGCUGGCUACCAUCCACCUCCGCAGUGGCCUGAGGAGACGUCUGCCCAGGGCUUCAGGCAGCUGCUGGAGCUGAACCUGCUGGGGACAUACACCGUGACCAAGCUUGCCCUCCCCCACCUGCGGAAGAGCCAGGGGAACGUUAUCAACAUCUCCAGUCUGGUGGGGGCCAUUGGCCAGGUCCAGGCAGUUCCUUAUGUGGCCACCAAGGGGGCAGUAACAGCCAUGACCAAAGCCUUGGCCCUGGAUGAGAGUCAAUAUGGUGUCCGGGUCAACUGUAUUUCCCCGGGAAACAUCUGGACCCCACUGUGGGAGGAGCUGACCACCUCAACACCUGACCCCACUGCUACAGUCCAAGAGGGCACAUUGGCCCAGCCCCUGGGCCGCAUGGGCCAGCCGGCUGACGUGGGGGCCGCUGCCGUGUUCCUGGCCUCCGAAGCUAACUUCUGCACUGGGAUCGAGCUGCUUGUGAGCGGGGGUGCAGAGCUGGGGUAUGGGCGCAAGGCCAUCCCGGACACCCCCGUGGAGCUCCCCACCAUCCCUUCCUAAUUUCCCACAUUUCCACUUGGGCCUUCCUGACUAGAACUCCCACCCCAAGCUCAGACUCCCAGAUUUCAGCGUCUACCAUCUGCCUCUUAGGUGCAGACCCCAGCUCUAGACGUUAACUCCACUUACCAAUGUGCCAAACUACCCCGCAAGUUCCCAUAAAAGGAGUUUGCAGCCAG